GCAGGGGGAUACAGUUGGGGGCUUCCCUGUGAGGGUAGUGGCAUCCCUCUGGCCUCUGCCUGCUGGGGCCUGGGUCUGUAACUUAGAACUCGGCUUAGAACUCAGUGUCCACCACAUGAAAAGCUGGCCUGUCUAAGUCAGGCAUUGAGGAAGACUGAAGGCUGGCCUCUUUUUGUAGCUGGAUCUCCUUUAGUGCAUAUAUGGAAGUGUCAAGAAGUUUAUGGAUUGGCUUACCCAGGUUGAGGAAGAAUGGAUGUUUCAUGGUGUCCUCUGCGAAAAUCUGAUUGUGACCCUCAACCUGCAGUAGCUUUGUGAAGAGGUCUGCUCCGGCACUGUCAAGUCUGAGUUCAUCGCCUCGGUACUUGGGAUAGUUGUGGGUCUUGAAUUCCUUGUUGGGCAGGAUGCCUGACCACGUCUCCUCUGUUGGGGUUCCAAAGAUACAGAAGAUGAAGUGCAAUUGUUCCUCCACUGUGGAGCCAGGAAGGGGGGCUGGCCCAUGGCCAUCUCGUAGAAGAUGUAGCCCAUGCCCUACAAGUCAGUCUGCGUGGAAUGGUUGGUAGACCCGAGCAGAAUGUCGAGGAGCCCAUACCACAGUGUCACCGCCUCGUUGGAGUAUGUCUUUAUUGGGACUGACUUGACCCAGGUAAGGCCAAAGUCAGCCAGCUUGAGGUGUCCCCUCUCAUUGAUGAGCAGGUUCUGGGGCUUGAGGUCUCAGUGUAGCACUUUCUGCCAGUGGCUGUAGGCCAGGACACGGAGCAAGUGGAACAGGAUGAGUUUCAUGUUGUGCAUGUUGAUGACAUUUCCACAGUCAUCUAGGUACUGCUUCAGGUCCUUGUCUAGGUACUCAAAGACAAGGGUGAGGGAUUUCUCCAUGUGGAUGAUGUGUAGCAUGAUAAUGGUGUAUUUGAGGUCCUUGAGCAAGGACAUUUCCCGGACGGCGGUGCAGCGUGCCCCAUUGUAAUGUUCUAGUCUGAUUUCAAGUGCCACAAGGUUGACUGUUAGCUUGUUUUAGCCUUCAUAGAGGGUGGCAUAGGUGCCCUCUCCCAGCUUAUCCAGCUUGAUGUAGGUCUCUAGUUUCCUAAAGCCAGUCCAGGACAGGCUGACUGGCAGAGGCACUGCCAGAGGCACUGCCAGAGGGGCUUGUUGUAGAUGGGACUCUUGAGGGUCAGCUUCUCAAGGUAGCUCUUGGGCAUCCAAAGUCAGCUGGUAGUGAUAGCCUCUUGUUGAUGUCCUCAGUGGUGAUCUUGCGUGGUGGAUGGUUGUGCAUGCGGACCCUUACUGGUGAAUGUACAUCGUCUGAGGAUGUAGCUGAAGCUUGGUUCCUCUCCCCAUCAGACCCCAUCUUCAAGUCCUCUUGCUCAAUCUCUGGUGCAGAGCUGAGUGGUCCCUGUCCAGAGUGAGGCUCUCCUGGGGCAGCACACGUGGGGGCCUCUCCAGGGUCACUGCCGCCGCCACCACCAGUCUCUUCUAGGCCUAUCUGCUCAGAAACACCACUUGUCUUGUCUACACUUUGGCCCCCUCAUUGAUAGCUGCUGUUUUAUCUCUAUCCAAUCCACGGUGAUGGUCUGGAGCCUACGUGCAACCUCAGUGUCGCUGGAAUGGCGUGGAGGUGCUGAGGGCGGCAGCCAGGGCUGAAGUCGCGCGAACUCCUGCUCCUUCUGCUGGCCGUUGUCGCCCACCUCGGUAGAGUCUUCAGCCAUGGCUGCUGGGUAGCAGCUAAAGUGAAGAUGGCGUCCAGCUCAGCUGGCCAUGAGACUGCCUUUUCAAGGUGUGCCCUAUGAACCGAUAUUCUGCCCAGAAGCAAUAUUGGAAAGCCAAGCAAGCCAAACAAGGGAACCACACAGAAGCUGCCUUGCUGAAGAAAUUACAGCAUGCUGCAGAACUGGAACAAAAACAAAAUGAAUCAGAGAAUAAGAAACUGUUGGGAGAAAUUGUGAAAUACAGUAAUGUUAUACAACUACUGCAUAUAAAAAGCAACAAAUAUCUGACUGUCAACAAGAGAUUACCUGCUUUGCUGGAGAAGAAUGCCAUGCGGGUGUCCUUGGAUGCUGCAGGAAAUGAAGGGUCUUGGUUUUAUAUUCAUCCCUUCUGGAAGCUGAGAAGUGAGGGUGACAAUAUUGUUGUAGGAGAUAAAGUUGUUUUGAUGCCAGUGAAUGCAGGACAGCCCCUACAUGCAAGCAACAUAGAGCUUCUUGAUAACCCAGGGUGUAAAGAGGUGAAUGCUGUUAAUUGCAACACUAGCUGGAAAAUCACUUUAUUUAUGAAAUAUAGUUCCUACCGAGAGGAUGUACUAAAAGGCGGUGAUGUUGUUAGAUUGUUUCAUGCGGAGCAAGAGAAAUUUCUGACUUGUGAUGAAUAUGAGAAAAAACAGCACAUUUUCCUUCGUACAACCUUGCGUCAAUCAGCGACGUCUGCUACUAGUUCUAAAGCGCUCUGGGAAAUAGAGGUGGUUCACCAUGACCCAUGUCGUGGGGGUGCAGGACAAUGGAACAGCUUGUUCAGAUUUAAACAUCUUGCAACUGGGAACUAUUUAGCUGCUGAGCUUAAUCCUGAUUAUCGAGAUGACCAGAAUGAAGGAAAAAAUAUGCAGAGAGAAGGAGACCUUCCAACUUCAAAGAAAAAACGCCAAGCAGGGGAGAAGAUCAUGUACACCUUAGUCUCAGUCCCACAUGGAAAUGACAUUGCGUCCCUUUUUGAACUGGAUGCCACAACUCUUCAGAGAGCUGACUGCCUGGUUCCAAGGAACUCAUAUGUUCGGUUAAGGCAUUUAUGUACCAACACAUGGGUAACAAGUACCAGCAUCCCCAUAGACACAGAUGAAGAGAGGCCUGUUAUGUUGAAGAUUGGAACUUGCCAGACAAAAGAAGAUAAAGAAGCAUUUGCCAUUGUGUCCGUCCCGCUGUCUGAGGUCCGAGACUUAGAUUUUGCCAAUGAUGCAAACAAAGUACUGGCAACCACGGUCAAAAAGCUGGAAAAUGGCACAAUAACUCAGAAUGAACGGAGAUUUGUAACCAAAUUAUUGGAAGAUCUUAUCUUCUUUGUUGCUGAUGUGCCUAAUAAUGGACAAGAAGUUCUGGAUGUGGUUAUUACCAAGCCAAACCGGGAACGCCAAAAAUUAAUGAGGGAGCAAAAUAUAUUGGCACAGGUAUUUGGGAUUCUUAAAGCACCCUUUAAGGAGAAAGCAGGAGAAGGCUCAAUGUUGAGACUUGAAGAUCUGGGGGACCAAAGAUAUGCCCCCUACAAGUAUAUGCUGCGGCUGUGCUACCGUGUAUUGAGGCAUUCUCAGCAAGACUACCGGAAAAAUCAGGAAUAUAUUGCUAAGAAUUUCUGUGUCAUGCAGUCCCAGAUUGGCUAUGAUAUUUUGGCAGAAGAUACCAUCACAGCUUUGUUGCACAACAACAGAAAACUACUAGAGAAACAUAUCACAGCAAAAGAAAUAGAAACAUUUGUCAGUUUACUCAGGAGAAAUCGGGAGCCAAGGUUUUUGGAUUAUUUAUCAGAUCUCUGUGUUUCUAACACCACUGCAAUACCUGUAACUCAAGAACUCAUCUGUAAAUUUAUGUUGAGUCCAGGCAAUGCAGACAUUCUCAUUCAAACUAAGCUGGUCUCAAUGCAAGUAGACAACCCCAUGGAGAGCUCCAUCCUUUCAGACGACAUUGAUGAUGAAGAAGUUUGGCUUUACUGGAUUGACAGCAACAAGGAACCUCAUGGCAAAGCUAUCAGGCAUCUUGCUCAAGAGGCAAAAGAAGGCACCAAAGCUGAUUUAGAAGUUCUUACCUAUUACAGAUACCAGUUAAACCUCUUUGCAAGGAUGUGCUUGGAUCGUCAGUACCUGGCCAUAAACCAGAUUUCGACACAGCUCUCUGUGGAUCUGAUCCUGCGGUGUGUGUCAGACGAGAGCCUGCCAUUCGACCUCCGAGCAUCUUUUUGUCGCCUCAUGCUCCACAUGCACGUUGAUCGGGAUCCCCAGGAGUCUGUGGUGCCUGUUCGCUAUGCCAGGCUCUGGACAGAAAUCCCCACCAAGAUCACAAUUCAUGAAUAUGAUUCUAUAACAGACUCUUCAAGAAAUGAUAUGAAAAGGAAAUUUGCACUGACAAUGGAAUUUGUUGAAGAAUACUUGAAGGAAGUUGUAAAUCAGCCCUUUCCUUUUGGGGAUAAAGAAAAAAACAAACUGACCUUUGAGGUGGUCCACUUGGCUCGGAAUCUUAUAUACUUUGGAUUUUAUAGUUUCAUUGAGUUAUUAAGACUGACAAGAACACUUCUGGCUAUCCUGGAUAUUGUACAGGCCCCUAUGUCAUCAUAUUUUGAAAGAUUAAGCAAAUAUCAAGAUGGAGGAAACAACGUCAUGAGAACCAUCCAUGGGGUGGGGGAGAUGAUGACCCAGAUGGUGCUUAGUAGAGGCUCUAUCUUUCCCAUGAGUGUGCCUGAUGCACAGCCCAGCAUCCAUCCCAGCAAGCAAGCGAGCCCUACGGAGCAUGAGGACGUAACCGUGAUGGACACCAAACUGAAAAUUAUUGAGAUUUUACAGUUUAUUCUGAGUGUCAGACUAGAUUACAGGAUCUCAUAUAUGCUGUCAAUAUAUAAGAAGGAGUUUGGAGAGAACACUGAAAAUGCUGAAACAUCUGCCAGUGGCUCCCCAGAUACAUUGCUACCAUCAGCCAUUGUUCCUGAUAUAGAUGAAAUUGCUGCUCAGGCAGAGACUAUGUUUGCUGGAAGAAAGGAAAGAAAUCCAGUUCAACUUGAUGAUGAAGGAGGCAGGACAUUUUUACGGGUCCUCAUCCAUCUGAUCAUGCAUGACUACCCUCCUCUGCUCUCAGGAGCCCUGCAGCUGCUGUUUAAGCAUUUCAGCCAGAGAGCAGAAGUUUUACAGGCAUUCAAACAGGUGCAGUUAUUGGUGUCUAAUCAAGAUGUAGACAACUACAAGCAAAUCAAGGCAGACCUAGACCAGCUUCGACUAACUGUUGAAAAAUCUGAGCUGUGGGUUGAGAAGAGCAGCAGCUUUGAAAAUGGAGAAAUGGGUGAAAAUCAAGUAAAAGGUGGAGAAGAGCCGGUUGAGGAACCAAACAUUUUAAGUCCAGUUCAGGAUGGAACAAAGAAACCUCAGAUUGACAGCAAUAAGAGCAAUAACUACUGGAUUGUAAAGGAGAUUUUGAUUAGACUAAGUAAACUCUGUGUACAGAAUAAAAAGUGUCGAAAUCAACAUCAACGUUUACUGAAAAAUAUGGGGGCACCUUCGGUGGUUUUGGAUCUUCUGCAGAUACCAUAUGAAAAGAAUGAUGAAAAGAUGAAUGAAGUAAUGCAUCUAGCCCAUACAUUCCUGCAGAAUUUCUGUCGGGGAAAUCCACAGAAUCAAGUUCUUCUUCAUAAACAUCUGAAUUUGUUUUUAACUCCUGGUCUCCUUGAAGCAGAAACCAUGCGGCACAUCUUCAUGAACAAUUACCAUCUGUGCAAUGAAAUUAGUGAGAGAGUUGUGCAACACUUUGUGCACUGCAUCGAGACACAUGGCCGCCACGUGGAAUACCUGAGGUUUUUGCAAACGAUCGUAAAAGCAGAUGGUAAAUAUGUCAAGAAAUGCCAGGAUAUGGUAAUGACAGAGUUGAUAAAUGGGGGUGAAGAUGUGCUGAUAUUUUACAAUGAUAGAGCAUCGUUUCCCAUCCUUCUCCAUAUGAUGUGUUCAGAGAGAGAUCGUGGUGAUGAGAGUGGCCCCUUAGCCUACCACAUCACCCUUGUGGAACUUCUGGCAGCAUGCACAGAGGGGAAGAAUGUUUACACUGAAAUCAAGUGCAAUUCUCUUCUGCCCCUGGAUGACAUAGUGAGGGUGGUGACCCACGAUGACUGCAUCCCUGAGGUUAAAAUUGCUUAUGUGAAUUUUGUUAAUCACUGUUAUGUUGACACUGAAGUAGAAAUGAAAGAAAUCUACACAAGUAACCACAUAUGGAAAUUAUUUGAGAACUUCUUGGUGGAUAUGGCAAGGGUUUGCAACACAACCACAGACAGGAAACAUGCAGAUGUCUUCUUGGAAAAGUGUGUUACUGAGUCAAUAAUGAACAUCGUUAGCGGCUUCUUUAGUUCUCCUUUUUCAGACAACAGUACCAGCCUCCAGACACAUCAGCCAGUUUUUAUUCAGCUGCUGCAAUCUGCCUUCAGAAUUUAUAAUUGCACCUGGCCAAACCCAGCACAGAAAGCCUCAGUGGAGUCCUGUAUCAGAACUUUGGCUGAAGUGGCAAAGAAUCGUGGAAUUGCCAUUCCUGUGGAUUUAGACAGCCAAGUCAAUACUCUUUUUAUGAAGAGCCAUUCGAAUAUGGUGCAGAGAGCGGCUAUGGGCUGGAGAUUGUCAGCUCGCUCUGGACCCCGCUUUAAGGAAGCUCUUGGAGGGCCUGCUUGGGAUUAUAGAAAUAUAAUUGAAAAGUUACAGGAUGUAGUGGCCUCCUUGGAGCAGCAGUUCAGCCCAAUGAUGCAGGCUGAAUUCUCAGUGUUGGUUGAUGUGUUAUACAGUCCAGAACUACUGUUCCCUGAGGGAAGUGAUGCAAGAAUAAGAUGUGGAGCUUUCAUGUCCAAGUUGAUUAAUCAUACAAAGAAACUAAUGGAGAAAGAAGAAAAGCUGUGCAUUAAAAUUCUUCAGACAUUACGAGAAAUGCUAGAGAAGAAAGACAGCUUUGUGGAAGAGGGUAACACAUUAAGGAAAAUACUCCUAAAUCGAUACUUUAAAGGUGACUACGGAGCUGGGAUCAAUGGACACCUAUCAGGAACCUACUGCAAAACUGCUCAGGGAGGAGGGAGCUUUUCUGGGCAAGAUUCAGAUAAGAUGGGGAUUUCAAUGUCAGAUAUUCAGUGUCUUCUGGAUAAAGAAGGUGCAUCUGAACUUGUCAUAGAUGUUAUAGUGAACACCAAAAAUGACAGAAUUUUUUCAGAAGGCAUUUUACUUGGCAUUGCAUUGCUCGAAGGAGGAAAUACACAAACACAGUAUUCUUUCUACCAGCAGUUGCAUGAACAAAAAAAAUCAGAAAAAUUCUUCAAAGUUCUGUAUGACCGAAUGAAGGCUGCUCAGAAAGAGAUAAGAUCAACAGUGACAGUUAAUACCAUAGACUUGGGUAGCAAAAAAAGAGACGAUGACAGUGAAUUGAUUACAUCUGGUCCACGAAUGAGAGUAAGAGAUUCAUCAUUACAUUUAAAAGAGGGAAUGAAAGGGCAAUUAACAGAAGCUUCUUCGGCAACAUCCAAAGCAUAUUGUGUAUAUAGAAGAGAAAUGGAUCCAGAAAUAGACAUUAUGUGCACAGGAUCAGAAGCAGGAAAUGCUGAGGAAAAAUCUGCGGAGGAAGUAACAAUGAGUCCUGCAAUUGCCAUUAUGCAGCCAAUACUGAGGUUUCUUCAGUUACUGUGUGAGAACCAUAACCGGGAACUGCAGAACUUCUUGAGGAAUCAAAACAACAAAACAAACUACAAUCUUGUCUGUGAGACCCUUCAGUUUUUGGACUGCAUUUGUGGAAGUACGACUGGCGGCCUGGGCCUGUUAGGUCUCUACAUCAAUGAGAAGAAUGUAGCUCUGGUCAACCAGACCCUGGAGAGCUUGACUGAAUACUGCCAGGGCCCGUGCCAUGAAAAUCAGACUUGUAUUGCUACUCAUGAAUCUAAUGGGAUUGAUAUCAUCAUUGCUUUAAUUCUGAAUGACAUAAACCCUCUUGGUAAAUACCGAAUGGACCUGGUGCUCCAACUGAAGAACAAUGCCUCCAAACUUUUGCUGGCCAUUAUGGAAAGCAGACAUGACAGCGAGAACGCAGAAAGAAUUCUUUUUAACAUGAGACCCAGGGAACUGGUGGAUGUGAUGAAGAACGCCUAUAACCAAGGAUUAGAAUGUGAUCACGGGGAUGAUGAGGGCGGAGAUGAUGGUGUUUCCCCAAAAGAUGUUGGACACAAUAUCUAUAUUCUGGCCCACCAGUUGGCUCGCCACAAUAAGCUAUUGCAGCAGAUGCUCAAACCAGGAUCUGAUCCAGAUGAAGGAGAUGAAGCCUUAAAGUAUUAUGCCAACCACACUGCACAGAUUGAGAUUGUCCGUCAUGAUAGGACUAUGGAACAAAUAGUUUUUCCUGUCCCCAAUAUAUGUGAAUACCUCACUCGAGAAUCCAAGUUCCGUGUGUUCAAUACAACUGAAAGGGAUGAGCAAGGAAGUAAAGUGAAUGACUUUUUCCAACAAACAGAAGAUCUCUACAGUGAAAUGAAGUGGCAGAAGAAAAUCAGGAGUAACCCUGCACUGUUCUGGUUCUCAAGACACAUCUCUCUCUGGGGGAGCAUUUCCUUCAACUUGGCUGUGUUCAUCAAUUUAGCAGUUGCUCUCUUCUACCCAUUUGGGGAUGAUGGAGAUGAAGGUACACUUUCUCCAUUGUUCUCAGUUCUUCUUUGGAUAGCAGUUGCAAUCUGCACGUCUAUGCUGUUUUUCUUCUCCAAACCUGUGGGUAUUCGACCAUUUCUUGUGUCCGUAAUGCUCAGAUCAAUAUAUACAAUAGGUCUUGGGCCCACGUUAAUACUUCUUGGUGCAGCUAAUCUUUGUAAUAAAAUAGUAUUUCUGGUGAGUUUUGUUGGAAACCGUGGCACAUUCACCCGAGGGUACCGAGCAGUCAUCCUGGAUAUGGCCUUUCUCUACCAUGUAGCAUAUGUCCUGGUUUGCAUGCUGGGCCUCUUUGUUCAUGAAUUCUUCUAUAGCUUCCUGCUUUUUGAUUUGGUGUACAGAGAAGAGACAUUGCUCAAUGUCAUAAAAAGUGUUACGCGGAAUGGCCGCUCCAUUAUUCUGACUGCAGUCCUCGCUCUCAUCCUUGUCUACCUGUUUUCCAUUAUUGGGUUCCUUUUUUUGAAGGAUGACUUCACUAUGGAAGUGGAUAGGCUGAAGAACAGAACUCCUGUUACAGGAAGUAAUGAAGUUCCUACCAUGACCUUAACUUCAAUGAUGGGAACAUGUGAAAAGGAGAAUUGUUCACCCACAAUACCAGCUUCAAAUACAGCUGAUGAAGAGUACGAAGAUGGAAUUGAAAGGACAUGUGACACGCUCCUCAUGUGCAUUGUCACUGUCUUGAACCAGGGGCUCAGGAACGGUGGAGGAGUGGGAGAUGUGCUGAGAAGGCCCUCAAAAGAUGAGCCCUUGUUUGCUGCCCGAGUGGUUUAUGACCUUCUUUUUUAUUUCAUUGUUAUUAUUAUCGUUCUUAACUUGAUUUUUGGUGUUAUCAUUGAUACCUUUGCUGAUCUCAGAAGUGAAAAACAGAAAAAAGAAGAAAUUCUAAAGACAACCUGCUUCAUCUGUGGACUUGAGAGGGACAAGUUUGAUAAUAAAACUGUUUCAUUUGAGGAGCAUAUUAAGUCAGAACACAAUAUGUGGCAUUAUUUGUACUUCAUUGUCCUGGUGAAAGUUAAAGACCCAACGGAAUACACUGGACCUGAAAGUUAUGUGGCUCAGAUGAUUAUGGAGAAGAAUUUGGACUGGUUUCCUCGGAUGCGAGCUAUGUCCCUUGUCAGCAGUGAAGGUGACAGUGAACAAAAUGAGAUUCGGAACCUGCAGGAGAAGCUGGAAUCCACCAUGAGUCUGGUCAAACAACUGUCGGGUCAGCUAGCAGAGCUCAAGGAGCAGAUGACAGAACAAAGGAAGAAUAAGCAGAGACUGGGCUUUCUCGGAUCAAACACGCCCCAUGUGAAUCAUCACAUGCCACCACACUGAUACCAUGGGGGGAGCCCUGACUAGCCUUUCAUCAGCGUCCUGCCAGAUUACUGAAUAAAGAACUGAGAAGGAGGGGAGUGAACAGUGCCUAUUGUUGAAAAGUUAAAAACAACCAAGAUGUUAAGUGGUUUAGCUUUGAGAACAAUUUGUAACUGUGUUUUCAUGGUUGAGAAAACCAAACCUAAAAUGCAGCAGCUAGAAAGCACACAUCACACAUUCUUAAUGCAAAGUGAGGUAACUUGCUCGCAUGGAGGGAGAGGGCAGCGAAAGGCAGGGUGGAAGGAGAAGCAGAUAUAACCAUCUUUUGCUAAAGCAAUAAGUCAGUUUUGCUUUAAAUGCUGACUGCAACUUCUGCCAUGGUUGCUUGGAAUUUAUUUCUUUUAAUUGCAGCGUGUAGGUGAGGGACGCAGAAGUAACACUUUGAGGGCUAUGUUUUACUAAGGAAAAUUACUGAAAAGAUUAAAAAUGAGAGUUGCAAAGAAAAAUGUUGAUGCUUCCAAACCGUAGCUGUUACAGGGCAAUUUCCUUAUUUAUAAUGUGAAACACAAUGGAUUUACAGCCCUGGGUACUCAGAGCUUUGGAGCUCAUGCCCCUCACGCUGACAACACAACUGGAAUGUAACUGCUUUUUCCCAGUUCAGAAAUGCUGUGUCAAUACAGACACAAAGGAGAUUUUUAUAAAACGUGUUAAAAACACAUUUUAAUCCAGUAUAAUCUAAGAUUUUAAAAGAUUUGGUGAAGAAAAACUGACACUAGGUCCUAGGGAAGAACUUUUUAAAAUAUGUUGAGCUUAAUAAAUGAGAAAGCUUAACGAUUACAGAAAAUAUUGAGAAACUCAUGAUGGUAGCAUUGCUUUUCAUAAACAUAGAAUUCAAGGUUUUUGGUUCAUGUUUGCUGUACUUAAGGAACCAAGUAUUUUCAUUUAUCCCAUUCCUGCAGUUAGGGAAAAAAAAAUCCAAGAAAUUUAUUAAAAAUUCAAGAAAAUGCAGCUUGUCAAUUGCAUAUUUUAAAUUCUAUCAGCAAAGGCUUUUGAAAAUGUAGAAAGCUAAUAAUCUCUUCCUCAAAUUGUUUUUAAUGUUAAAUUAUACAACAAGAAUUUGUGGAGAGAAAGAAAACCUGCCAUACUCGGAUUAUUCUUGUAGACUAGACAUUUAUAACGUUAGAGCAAAAUACAGUAAAUGAAAAUGUUAAGAGAACUGUUAGGGGUCAAGAGAGCAAAGAACAUGGCACGAGACUCUGGGGGAUGCUUUGCAAAUUGACAUUCUAGCCCCUGCUCCACAAGAACAAAAUAUUGCCUCCAGAGUUUUUAAACUCUCAGUUAUUACCACCAAGGUUUAAGGUGCAGAUAUGAUGUAUGGUUUUUAAAGCUUUAGGAUUUUUCUGAUAUAGCCUAUGCUAUCGGUUCCUAAGAACCUCAAAUGAUGGUCUGUGUGGAAUAUAAAGGAAGCCAGAGCCAAUCCUUCCACGCAUGGUUAAAAUGCAGAUUUGAAGGGAAUCUGUAGGAACCCAGAGCAGUGAAAUUUUUAACUGAAUCCACUGCUACCUCCAUUACUGCCCCAAGCUGAGUUUCACACUUGGGCAUGAAAGUAUUUUUCCUGACAGAUCUCUGAAGGAUUGUGAUAUCUGUGAUCCAAAGAUACUAAGGAAUCGCAGUAUUUCUGCAUUUAGCACAGAACCUUGAACCUAGUAAGCAUUCAAUAAAUAUUUGAGAAAUUCACCUGUCAUUCAAUUACUCUUAAUUCUUUACUCUAUUAAGACUUUAAAAUUUAUCACGUAUUUGUUUAUUAGAUGGCUUCACCCAAAUCAAAGUAGACCAAAGCAGCCAUUUUUUUUUUUUAAAUUAAAGACCAUCACUGUUAUUCACAGUAUUAGAUGAAAAGUACAGUUUUAAAAAUUUUAAUGAGGCAGAAAGUUUUACAGGUAGGGAAAAGAAAAGUGGUAAAUACUGACCAUUUUACAAUACAUGAACUUAUCUUUAUUUCAGCAUAAAAUAAAAUAUUUCUGAUGUUUAAACUGAAGGUCAAAAGAAUAAAUUAAUUUGUACAGAUGUGAGUAACCUCUCUUUCUGAUGAUGUAUUGUCUAGACUUUUCUGAUACCGUGAGAGUUCUUUUUAUAGGGAAUAAGCCAUUGGGCAUAUAACUGCUAUUUGGACAUGAUACAGAGUUGCACAGUGUAUUUUUCUCCUAUGGAAGUAUCCAAAAUAAAUUACAAUUAUCAAGACUAUUAUUUGAUCAAAAUUGAAAUGUUUCUCUGUUAUGUUUUUAAUACCUCUUUCUUUUAGGUCUAAAUGCUUAGAGAUUAUAAAGCAACGUAAACAAACAAAAAUGCACUUUCCAAGACAUUAAAUUCAUGUUGGAGAGGUUAAUAAUGGGGCAAUUUGACAAUUUAUGUAAAUUUAUAUUUUUAUUUAUAUGUUUGUUAAUGCAACUGGAAUUUCGACCUAGGUGAGUAUCACUUAAUACCCUCAUAUUUAUAUAGUAAUAUUAAAAUAAAUGCAAUCAUCUUUGACUUUAAUGUAAAGGGAAUUUUUUUAAUAUUUAGUUAUUAAAAUCUACGUUGCUUUAAAAGUUGUUUCUGCAGAAUAUAAUUUUUAAUUUCAAAAGGUUUUUUCUCUAUGUACUACAUCUUGCAGCCCAAGAGCUUAAUGCAAGUAUGUUUCCUAAAUUACAAUAUCAUUUUUAAAUGAGAAAUGUGGUUUAUGUAAGACUAUAAUGUUAAUAAAUAAAUUGUAUACGUGUGAAGAUU